AUGGAGCGUCUAAGAAAAAUAAUAUACUGGACAAAAAAGGGGCAAAAGACUACACAGAUUAAGAAACAACUCAAAAAUAUCUCAUGUCGCGUAACUCGGAGACUACUAGUCGGAUUUUCGUACAACUCGGAUGGAAUUUCCAGUCCCGAUCGCCAGUACCGUGUCAUACGCUCAUUGGAUCACAGACUGCUCAAGACAUCAACAAUUCUUGUUGCCGUGUUUGCCUGCGUGGCUGCUGCCGCCCCCCAGGGAUAUGAAGCCCCUCGCCGUGACUCCGAGGAAGUGCCCAUCCUGAGGGACGACCGUGUGAUCGAGGACGACGGAAGGUACAACUUCGACGUGGAAACAGGAGACGGCAUCGUGGUGUCAGAGUCUGGAGCUCCCAGCGCCGACGGAGGCAUCAACAGUGCUGGUUCAUACUCCUACACUGCUCCUGACGGCACUCCCGUCCACGUUGAGUUCGUGGCUGACGAGGGCGGCUUCCAGCCACAGGGCGCCCAUCUGCCAGUGGCUCCCGAGUUCCCCCACCCGAUCCCCGACUUCGUCCUCGAGCAGAUCGCCUUCGCCGCUGAGGAGGACGCCCGCAGGGCCAAGGAACCAUCCAACAGAUACAGUGCUCCUUAA